AGUAUCGCCACCCACACACACUCCCUCUCACGCACACAGAAGAAAAGAAAUCCCCCAAAACACAAAAGGCAGAAUAUAUUUCUCAGUUUGACGAUCUUUACGAUGCUCCUCCCCCUCGGGCCUCUCUCUCAUUGCUUAAUAAUCUCCGUUCACCCCAACAUUCCUCCCAACCACUUUGAAGCUUAGCCUUCUUCAUUUUCCCUCUCUUACAGAUCCUCUGCAGACUUUCCCGGAGAUCUAGUUGGGGGAUUCGGCUGAGUGAGUUCGAACAAGUCGACGUUCUGAUUCGGAGAAUGGCUUCCAUAACUCAUUCUCCGGCUGCAUUCUUCGGAGCUUCGGCUUCGGAUCUUCUGCGGAGCUCGAGCAACGGCGUCAGUGGCGUUCCUCUUAGAACCCUAGGAAGGGGGCAAUUUGGCACGAGGAGGAGAGAUUUCGCGGUCGUUGCAAAGAUUAGGAAGGUGAAGAAGCAUGAGCAUCCGUGGCCGGAUAAUGCGGAUCCCAAUGUUAAAGGUGGGGUCCUUAGCCAUCUCUCGCAUUUUAAGCCGUUGAAAGAGAAGCCCAAGCCCGUAACUUUGGAGUUCGAGAGACCUCUUCUUGAUCUAGAGAAGAAAAUCAUUGAUGUCCGGAAAAUGGCUAACGAAACUGGUCUGGACUUCAGUGAUCAGAUUAUUUCAUUAGAGAAUAAAUAUCAGCAGGCAUUAAAGGAUUUAUAUACGCAUCUCACUCCUAUACAGCGUGUUAAUAUUGCACGACAUCCUAACAGACCAACUUUUCUUGAUCAUGUGUUUAGCAUUACUGAAAAGUUUGUGGAGCUUCAUGGAGAUCGGGCUGGGUACGAUGAUCCGGCUGUUGUUACUGGUAUAGGAACCGUAGAUGGUAGGAGGUACAUGUUCAUGGGCCACCAAAAGGGUAGAAAUACAAAAGAGAACAUUCAACGGAACUUUGGGAUGCCUACUCCCCAUGGUUACCGGAAAGCUCUACGUAUGAUGUAUUAUGCAGAUCACCAUGGGUUUCCUAUAGUUACUUUCAUAGACACCCCCGGGGCAUAUGCAGACCUUAAAUCCGAAGAACUAGGCCAAGGUGAAGCCAUUGCGCACAAUUUAAGGACCAUGUUUGGUUUGAAGGUACCCAUUGUUUCUAUUGUCAUUGGGGAAGGUGGCUCUGGUGGUGCUCUUGCCAUUGGCUGUGCUAACAAAUUGCUCAUGCUUGAAAAUGCAGUUUUCUAUGUUGCCAGUCCAGAAGCAUGUGCAGCAAUCUUGUGGAAAAGUGCCAAAGCGGCUCCUAAGGCUGCUGAGAGGCUAAAGAUUACUGCGACAGAGUUGUGCAGACUGCAGAUUGCAGAUGGCAUUAUCCCUGAACCACUUGGUGGUGCACACGCAGAUCCAUCCUGGUCCUCAAAACAGAUAAAAAAGGCAAUUAAUGAAUCAAUGGAUGAACUCAUGAAGAUGGACACACAAGAUCUUCUGAAGCAUCGCAUGCUUAAGUUCCGCAAAAUCGGUGGUUUUCAGGAAGGACUUCCAGUAGAUCCUAAGAAGAAGGUCAACAUGAAAAAGAAAGAUGAGCCCAUCAGGAAGACUUCCAAUCAAAACAUAGAGGAUGAGGUCAAAAAACUCAUGCAGCGCAGAUUGGAUGCGAAGGAGCCCUCUGUCACACCUCCACAGUUGGGUCUGACUGAGAUGAUGGAAAAACUGAGAAGAGAGGUUGAUCGUGAAUUUUCUGAGGUUGUCAAAACCAUUGGGCUGAAGGACAGGCUUGCGAUGUUACGUGAGGAAUUCUCAAAAGUAAAUUCACAGGAUCAACUUGUGCAUCCAGCCCUGAAGGAAAAGAUCGAAAAGCUUCGGGAUGAGUUGAACCAGGGCCUGUCUGUGGCUCCUAAUUAUGAAAGGUUGAAGCAUAAGCUAGACAUGUUGAAGGAAUUAUCUAAAACCAAAAGUCUUGCUGAAAAGAAUAAUAAGGCUGCCGCAUUAAAGCAGGAGAUCAAUAGAAAAUUUACAGAAGUCACGAAUCGGUCUGAUAUAAAGGAGAAAUUCAGGGCACUGAAGGCUGAAAUUGAAAGAUCUGGGGCAUCGACAGUCAUGGAUUUGGACUAUGGGCUAAGGGAGAAAGUUAUGAAGGUGAAGAGAGAUAUAGAGUUAGAGUUGGUUGAUGCUUUCAAAGCCUUGGAUUUGGAUGUUGAGGUUGUUAAGUCGAAAGCGAAGGAGCUCAGUGAACAAGAGACUUCAUUCUCAGAUGUCAAAGUCAAGAUAGAAGAGUUGAAUGAAGAAAUCAAGGAAGGAAUUGAAAACGUAAUCAAGUCAUCGGAUCUAAAGGAUAAAAUCGAGUUACUGAAGUUGGAGGUUGCAAAGGCAGGAAAGACACCUGGUCCAGCGUCCAAAAAUAGAAUUGCAGCUUUGGAGCAACAGAUUAAACAGAGCCUUGCAGGGGCCUUAGAUUCUUCAAACUUAAAAGAGAAACAUGAGAAACUCAAGGCAGAGAUUUCUAAAACCAUUGAAUCUUCUGGAGGACUAGAUGGAAGUCUGAAUGGACAAUAUCUGAGAGAAGAUGGUUCUACAUAUGCUGAACCAAGAGUAGAGAUCGGUGCAAAUAGCACCUUUGCUUGAUUUUGAUAUCAGUAUUUUGCUGGUUUCUUGUUAAUGAAGGAGGUUUAGAUAAAAUUGUGGUGAUUGACGAGACAAUUGAAGCUGUGCGGAUUCCUGGAAGAACAUCAACCUUGAGCUGUCUUCACUGCCACCUGCAUGCAUUGCUUAUAUCUGGCUCCAAUCCAUGAGGUUUUGCAUCUAUAGAAACAUAAAGGGACACAGCAUAACUGCAUAUUUUCCAACCAGAAUGGGGAAAUUUAUAUAAAGUUGUUACAGCCUAGCAGCUAUCCACUUCCUUUUAUUUGUUAUUCUCGAUUGCCUAGAACAUAUUCCUCUCUAUUUAGACACGGAAAACUUUGUAUAGAUUGCCGAGUGUCAAUUGAGGCUAUUAAAGCUUCCCAAGAUUUGAAAUAACGUGUUUUGGUUUAUUA